AUGUUUGAGCCAACGGAACAACACACUUUGGAAGGUUCAGCAAACCUUUCCGAUGACCCAAUCUACACAAAUUCGAGGCCUUGGAGCGCAUCAACCAGAAGGCUUUUUCGGAAGAAUCUACUUGAAGUCGUGGAUGAGAACGAGAAUUAUUCCAGAGAUGUCACCAAUCUGGAGAGACCAAAAACAGGAGCAAGCUCUAUAACUCUCGUCGCCUUGAAGAACACCCUGAUUCUUCUUGCUUUCUCCUUUCCAAUCGUUGCAUUUGCUCUCGUCCUCAGAAUUCCACAAUGGUACAGUUUUCAUGCCGAUUACCGGGUGAAAACAUUCACGCACUGCAAUUUCAAUGGCAAAUUUACUCCCGACGCCACACCCUCGAUCAGCAUGUGGGACAAGUCCGGCUUUUUCUACAUCACUGUUGCUUGGGGAAAGAUGGCAUUUUCGACCGCCAAAUUUAUAGACAUCGUCUGGGACAUUGCUAUGGGACGCGCCGGUCAAGCUUUCCUGGCCUGGGUCACGUAUAGAGUUUCGUCUCAGUAUUUGGCCAUGGCUAUGUACGAAGCGUCAGUGUCUUAUACUACCUUUGAAUCUUUGGCUUUUGUCCCCCCAACUUUGACAAGGACAGGACGACUGGCGGGAGAACUAUUGACAAAUCGUGGCUGGAGACCAAGAUUGAUCAUGGUCUGGAUCAUCUUGUCCUCGCUAUUUGUUCUCAGCUUUUCUUCUCUGGUCACCGCCAUGUCCGGUUACAGCAGCAACAUGUGGGCGGUCAUGAACAAUUAUGAAGGUGAAGCUGUCGAUUGGUCAGAUUAUGAGGUUGUUCAAUUUGCCAUCAACGACGCCUGGCGCAUCGAGGAGCCUGGCCCGGUCAGCAUCACGAUGGGUAACACGUGCCUUCAGCAAGGGUUCACAUCCGAUGACGACGAUGAUGAUUCAAACAGUUACUACCGCCGAGAUGACAGUGAUGAAGAUGAAGAUGACCACGACGAUGAGGACGACGAUCCUUUCGAAUACGUCCCUUUCAAUUGUACCCUGUUCUGGCGAACCGUUCAAUACGUCAAUUUAUAUGGACUUAAUAGUGCUCGUAAAAUACCCAGCACAUUCACUCUGAAUGGGAAAACACACAACCUGACUUCGCCAACGCUAAACAUCACAACCUCAUACACAGCCGCCUCUCUCAAAACCCUUUCCACCUAUCUCGAAAACUUCUCCAUCGAGCUAUCAUCUUCUCUGAACUCCGUCAACGACCUCAGCGACUCAACUUUCUGGAUCUACGACAACGAAACUUAUUCCUGGGACUACGUCCUUGACCAUGCCACCUGCCGCUACAGCAAAUGGCACAAUUGGGGCUUCUCAUUUCUUCUCCUGUUCAUCACCACUUUACUCCUCGCUGUCUGGACCGUAGGCACCUACGCCUUGUGGCUGUACGUUUAUCUCCAUGGUCCAAGAAGCGACAGUAGCCAACAUGCAUCGGGUAUGGGGUCAGGGACAAUUGGUAUCUACCGCUCAAGCUGGGACUUGGUCGAGGCGAUGCGAAGAGAUCUAGGCCCCCACGCCAUCACGUCCGACAUGGGCGAAAGGGACAUCCGCAACCUCGUGAGACGUCGUCGCGUUGGCGGCCUUCAGGACAUCAGAUACGGUCCUGGAACAACCCAGAGCCACACGACAUUCGAAACUGAAAAACACUCUCAUCAUCUACCAACAACUACUCCUUCAUGCUCACAAAGCCCAAUCCAACUGCACCCGACGCGCUGGGAAGAAUUCCGCUCCUGGCUAUCCCCUUCUUCAUUCCACCACACCAGCUCGACUUUCUCCUCAACUUCGCAGCAUCCAAUCCUCAUGCCGCCCGGUACACCAGGAACGAUGACUUCGCGAAUGUCCUCCACGGCUCCUAGUCCUAGUUUGGCAUCUCCAAGCUCGACGAUUUUCGGCUUCGCGAACCAACCACUCGCCACGUCGCCCACGGACAUGAUCUCUGAUACUGGCACUGGUAUGGUUUUGCCGAAUCCAGUCAAUGUUGGCAGCCGCAGAAAAUCCUCACGACGUCCCAAAUUCGGUAGACUCAGACGCAUGUCUCUUUCCGGCCACGGUCAACAGCGCGCAAACAAAACUGCUUCUGCUUCUGCUUCCGCUGCACAAUUUCCAUCAAUGCCCUCAAUAGCCGCGUCGUGGUGGCUUCCCUCCGCCGUGGCUACGUCUUCGUCCUCGUCAUCAUCGAGUACAGCGGCACGAUCGAUCGCAGACGCAGACUCACCAAUCCGCGCCGACAGCUGGCCGGAGCGUCGUGGUCCGUCGAAACCCACGACGGAGAAUGCUGUUGUAUUUAGGAAUGAUUUGGGCGACGACCAAGCAUGA